AUGGCAGGCGCCGCGUGGGUGGCUGUGGCGGCGGGCGCGCUGCACGCGGCCUCCCUGGCGCUGGGCGCCGCCGCCAACGCCCUAGCGCUGCUCGCCUUCUACCGCCGACGGCGACGCGUCGCGCUCUCUGACCGAGGGGGAGGGAAAGGAAGCAAAAAAGAAAGAAAUCUCGCGUCCCCGCGUGCCCUCAUCCGCAUUCUUCGGCCGGCGUUCGCCUCAUUUGGAGGUGCAUCGCCCAUCCGGCUCACGCGCGCGCGCGCCAAGGCUGCAGGGGGCUUUGUCUGCCGCUCCCAGCGCCGCGGUCCGCCGCCGCCGCCGGCACGAUCGACGCCGAAGGCGACGGACGGUUCGCCGCGUCUGGCACAAAGCGAUCCGGAAGUAUAA